GCUGUCAGGUAAGACUCGAGCGUUAAUAAUGGCGGCAGCUGCCGACCACCUCUAUCUCGUUCCCGUCGCUAGCAUCCUCACAUGGCGAUGGUUGAGCAACCAUCUCUUUUCGAUCUGGAGCGUCCACUUGCAGCACCGGACGGCCACCAGGCCUCGUGCUCCCGUACAACAAUACUCCAGCCAAGAAAGAGAGCAUCGCUGUCCCUGUCCGUCCACACCUCCGCUCUGCUGCUCACCUCGUCGGGAGCGGUCACGGGCACACCACCGCCAGCCACCACGCGCGGCACGGUCACUAGAAGAGACUCGAGAGAGCGUCGGCCAUGCCGGGCUGCUAUGUGGGCAAAGCCACCAAGAUCUUCCUCGCCCUCCUCGCCGUCCUCGCCGUCGUCGGCGUCGUCCUCGCCUUCCGCGCCGUCCUCCACCGCGCUGCCACGUCCGGUCCCAGCUCCACCACCGGGACGGCGUGCGAAGCCGCCGACGGGUGCCAGCCCGUUCCGCCGGGGGCCGCCGUCGCGCAGCCCGCCACCGCCGCUCGCCCGCCGCCCACGCCCACGACGGCGCAAAAUCCCACCUUUCCCUCCCCGGACACCACCUCGCAGCCGCCACCGCCUGUGCCCAUGACCCCGCUGCAGCCGCCGCCGUCGUCGCCGAUGCUGGUGCCCCCUCCACAGCUGCCGCCGCCGGCAGCAGUCGUGCCACCCCCGCUGGCAUUUCCGUCGCCGCCGCCUCCGGCGGUAGAGAUCGCGACGCCCCCAGCGGCAUCAGCAACACCGCCGCCUCCCGCCGACCUGCUGCCGCCACCACCGGCCUUGCCGUCGCCUGCGCCGCCGGCUGCCCCAGAGGAGCCGAGCCCGACCGCGUCUUGAUGCUUGAUGCCGCUGAUUCUUGACUGGCUCGGUUCAGACUUCAGACUUCAGAGCAGGUUAGAGCUGCACAGAUUUGUUAGGAUGGGUAGCGUUGAUGCACUACUGAUUCAAUUUGUCCUAGAAUUCGGUUCAAUUCUGUCUUGCUGGAUUGAACUUUCAUCAUCUCCAUCAGGAUCUAGCAGAACUUUCAUCAUCUCCAUCAGGAUCUAGCAGAAUCAUUCUGCAUCUUUCUCGUCCAAUUUCUUCUGUUGUUUUACAGCUGAUAUUGUGAAAACUCAAAUUUGCUCAUCUGUUCAUAAUUCUGUAAUCCUGUACAAAAAUUCAGCUUUUGAUAGAAAUCACACACAGCUGAUAUUGUGGUCCUGA